CGAUUUCGAGCUCUGUUAUCAGUCAUCGAGCUACUGUUACGCCGAUUAUUACACAAUCAUGAUUAUGUUGCGAUUUGCCGUUGUUCUGUUCUUUUUCGUCUGCUUGACAUACGCUACGGAGCAUGAAGACGACCACUGUUGUGACAAGGGUGAGCGAUGGUACGAUUGCGGAACAUGCGAGUUGCGUUGCGGCGAAGAACCUCAACCUUGUACCGAUGAAUGUAAAAAAGGGUGUAUGUGUAAGGAAGGUUACAGACGUAACUGCAACAAUCGCUGCGUACCCGAAAAAUGCUGCCCUUAUUACCCGAGUGGUUGAGUUACAGUCUACAAUCAAAGAGUCCUGCCACAAAUGACCUACCUACACGACACCUUCUAUUCAUCCCUCGAGACCAAAGUUUCAGCUCACAACCUCUACGUGAAAAUCAUGAGCUUAUUUCUCGGUGCUACUCGCCAAACCCCAAAUUGUUAUUACAGAAGAAUUUUCUCCUUCGGCCAAAGGUUGCUGAAAAGUAACCGAUGAAAUUUGUAUCGUGUCAAUUUUACCGCGAUUCUUCUGUGUGUAAAAAUAAAAAAAAUCUUCAUACCCGUCGGUGAA